AUGGGUCAAAAAUUCGUCACAUGCUUUCGACCACCACCACCAAUAGCAGCGGAACAGAAACUAUCGGAACAAAUGCCGCCACUAUCAUAUGUAGAACAACAGGACUCCACUUCUGGUCCUUUGCUUUGUGACAUGCCAGUCGAAUUACUUCUUUACAACAUCUCUCCAUACCUAACAUAUAUGGAUCUUUGUCAUCUCUCGCAAGUUAACAGACUUUUCCACAACCUUCUUGAAUCAACAGACCACGAUAACAAGGAGCUUUCAGCUCAUUUAUGGGCAAAAUGUAUCAAAUCUGAAAUGCUAGGUACGAGCACAAUUUGA